AUGGCGAACAGUUUACCCGUGGGCAGUAUUAGUUAUUCGCCAUCGACUCCGGAAAUCGACCAAUUGCCUCUUCAACUCAUCCAAAAUACUUCUUCUGCCCGUAGUGCUCAUUCCCGUAGUACUCAAUAUACCGGUGACCGCAAGAGGACCUAUUCCGACGACUUGUCGUCCGUAUGCCUUCUGAAUCCAAACGAGGCACAACCAGCCUCCUCCCGCUCAGCAACCAGCCCUGAGCCAGCAAAACUGUCCGCUCAGUGCUGUUGCGAAUCGUCGAAAGUUUUGUACUCGGCGAAACGCCUUCAUCACAACUACAACAACAACAAAGUUUCACGACGAGAACGAGAAUGUGUCAAGGAGCAAUCACUGGGGCAGGCGUUAAUUGCACGUCUACAGGAAUGGUGCCGUCAGCUGUUGUGGUUGACGCUGAUGUGCGUGAUUGGAUGCUGUGGUGGUGAGAAGUGCUUCAGUGAGAUGUCGUGCUGUUGCUUCAGAACGAUUCGAUUCGUGCGCAAUAGCUGCACACUGCUGGCUGCACCGUGCGGCGGCGGUGCUCGUAUGAAGACGUUGGCGAAUAUUGAAAUGAAGUUACUGCGUCAUUUAACGAUGUCAUCCGGUCGAGUUGGUGCACUGUCGAAGCGCUGUGGUGGCUUCACUCCGAGAAAACGUCGCGUUGCUUCGCGAGCACCAUCACCGCAACUCUACGAUAUCAAUGAGGAGGAGCUGGAGCCUCCCCAAGACGAAUAA